AUGAAUGCUCGUGAUCCAGAAUUCCCAAAAAAGCAGUACAAGGUGCACAAUCACCAUCAGAGCCGGUCUUUUAGUAUGCACAAAAAGAGUAUGGAGGCAGCGGCACAUUUGGAGCAGGUGGAAAAGUCAAGUGACAUGAGCGAAAGCGAUAGUGAUGACGGUCCGUCAAGUCGGAGCUCAAUCAGCGCCACUCUUAUCGGACAACUCAGCCAACAACGGCUGCUCGUGGACCAACAUGUGCACAAUCACGGACCGUUUGUUCUGCCAAAACUCUACGAGCAAUGA